AUGACACUGCCUUUUGUGGGCACUGGAGAUGAACAGAGAGCCUACAACCCAGGCAGAACAGGACCAGCUGCCCUCAGACCCCUUGUGAAACUCAAGAUUGUCAAAAAGAGAACCAAGAAGUUCAUCCUGUACCAGUCAGACUGGUAUGUCAAAAUCAAGCCUAACUGGCAGAAACCCAGAGGUAUCGACAAUAGGGUUUGUAGAAGGUUCAAGGGCCAGAUCUUGAAGCCCAACGUUGGUUAUGGGAGCAACAAAAAAACAAAGCACAUGCUGCCCAAUGGUUUCCAGAAAUUCCUGGUCCAUGACAUCAAUGAGCUGGAAGUGCUGAUGAUGUGCAACAAAUCUUACUGUGCUAAGAUCGCUCACAAUGUUUCCUCCAAGAACUGCAAGGCCAUCGUGGAAAGAGCAGCCCAGCUGGCCAUCAGAGUCAACAACCUCAAUGCCAUACUGCGCAGCAAAGAAAAUGAAUAG